AUGUUACCUACUGGUCCCGGCAGUAAUCUGACUACUGGUCCCAGCAGUAAUCUGAUUACUGGUCCCAGCAGUAAUCUGACUACUGGUCCCAGCAGUAAUCUGAUUACUGGUCCCAGCAGUAAUCUCAAUACAGGUCUCAGUGGUAAUCUGACUACUGGUCCCAGCAGUAAUCUGAUUACUGGUCCCAGCAGUAACCUGAUUACUGGUCCCAGCAGUAAUCUGACUACUGGUCCCAGCAGUAAUCUCACUACAGGUCCCAGCAGUAACCUGAUUACUGGUCCCAGCAGUAACCUGAUUACUGGUCCCAGCAGUAAUCUGACUACUGGUCCCAGCAGUAAUCUGACUACUGGUCCCAUCAGUAAUCAGACUACUGGUCCCAUCAGUAACCUGAUUACUGGUCCCAGCAGUAACCUGAUUACUGGUCCCAUCAGUAAUCAGACUACUGGUCCCAUCAGUAAUCAGACUAUUGGUCCCAUCAGUAACCUGAUUACUGGUCCCAUCAGUAAUCAGACUACUGGUCCCAUCAGUAACCUGAUUACUGGUCCCAGCAGUAACCUGAUUACUGGUCCCAGCAGUAAUCAGACUACUUAUCCCAGCAGUAAUCAGACUACUGGUCCCAGCAGUAAACUGAUUACUGGUCCUCCCAGCAGUAAUCUGACUACUGGUCCCAGCUGUAACCUGAUUACUGGUCUCAGCAGUAACCUGAUUACUGGUCCUCCCAGCAGUAAUCUGAUUACUGGUCCUCCCAGCAGUAAUCAGACUACUGGUCCCAGCAGUAAACUGAUUACUGGUCCCAGCAGUAAUCUGACUACUGGUCCCAGCAGUAAACUGAUUACUGGUCCCAGCAGUAAUCUGAUUACUGGUCCCAGCAGUAACCUGAUUACUGGUCUCAGCAGUAACCUGAUUACUGGUCCCAGCAGUAACCUGAUUACUUGUCCCAGCAGUAAUCUGACUACUGUUUCCAGCUGUAAUCUGAUUACUGGUCCUCCCAGCAGUAAUCUGACUACUGGUCCGAGCUGUAAUCUGAUUACUGGUCUCAGUAGUAACCUGAUUACUGGUCCCAGCAGUAAUCUGAUUACUGGUCCCAGCAGUAAUCUGAUUACUGGUCCCAGCAGUAAUCAGACUACUGGUCCCAGCAGUAAUCUGAUUACUGGUCCCAGCAGUAAUCUGACUACUGGUCCCAGCAGUAAUCUGAUUACUGGUCCCAGCAGUAAUCUCAAUACAGGUCUCAGUGGUAAUCUGACUACUGGUCCCAGCAGUAAUCUGAUUACUGGUCCCAGCAGUAACCUGAUUACUGGUCCCAGCAGUAAUCUGACUACUGGUCCCAGCAGUAAUCUCACUACAGGUCCCAGCAGUAACCUGAUUACUGGUCCCAGCAGUAACCUGAUUACUGGUCCCAGCAGUAAUCUGACUACUGGUCCCAGCAGUAAUCUGACUACUGGUCCCAUCAGUAAUCAGACUACUGGUCCCAUCAGUAACCUGAUUACUGGUCCCAGCAGUAACCUUAUUACUGGUCCCAUCAGUAAUCAGACUACUGGUCCCAUCAGUAAUCAGACUAUUGGUCCCAUCAGUAACCUGAUUACUGGUCCCAUCAGUAAUCAGACUACUGGUCCCAUCAGUAACCUGAUUACUGGUCCCAGCAGUAACCUGAUUACUGGUCCCAGCAGUAAUCAGACUACUUAUCCCAGCAGUAAUCAGACUACUGGUCCCAGCAGUAAACUGAUUACUGGUCCUCCCAGCAGUAAUCUGACUACUGGUCCCAGCUGUAACCUGAUUACUGGUCUCAGCAGUAACCUGAUUACUGGUCCUCCCAGCAGUAAUCUGAUUACUGGUCCUCCCAGCAGUAAUCAGACUACUGGUCCCAGCAGUAAACUGAUUACUGGUCCCAGCAGUAAUCUGACUACUGGUCCCAGCAGUAAACUGAUUACUGGUCCCAGCAGUAAUCUGAUUACUGGUCCCAGCAGUAACCUGAUUACUGGUCUCAGCAGUAACCUGAUUACUGGUCCCAGCAGUAACCUGAUUACUUGUCCCAGCAGUAAUCUGACUACUGUUUCCAGCUGUAAUCUGAUUACUGGUCCUCCCAGCAGUAAUCUGACUACUGGUCCGAGCUGUAAUCUGAUUACUGGUCUCAGUAGUAACCUGAUUACUGGUCCCAGCAGUAAUCUGAUUACUGGUCCCAGCAGUAAUCAGACUACUGGUCCCAGCAGUAAUCAGACUACUGGUCCCAUCAGUAAUCUGACUACUGGUCCGAGCAGUAAUCUGAUUACUGGUCCCAGCAGUAAUCUGACUACUGGUCCCAUCAGUAAUCAGACUACUGGUCCCAUCAGUAAUCAGACUACUGGUCCCAGCAGUAAUCUGAAUACUGGUCCCAGCAGUAAUCUGAUUACUGGUCCCAGCAGUAAUCUGACUACUGGUCCCAUCAGUAAUCAGACUACUGGUCCCAGCAGUAAUCUGAAUACUGGUCCCAGCAGUAAUCUGACUACUGGUCCCAUCAGUAAUCAGACUACUGGUCCCAGCAGUAAUCUGACUACUGGUCCCAUCAGUAAUCUGACUACUGGUGCCAGCAGUAACCUGAUUACUGGUCCCAGCAGUAAUCUGAUUACUGGUGCCAGCAGUAACCUGAUUACUGGUCCCAGCAGUAAUCUGAUUACUGGUGCCAGCAGUAACCUGAUUACUGGUCCCAGCAGUAAUCUGACUACUGCCUCACCGUUAACGAGGUGUCCCGGGACACAGUGCACCCCGGGACGCAGCGCACCCCGGGACGCAGCGCACCCCCGGGACGCAGCGCACCCCCGGGACGCAGCGCACCCCCGGGACGGCACGCCGAAAUACUCAUCUGGUUGUUAUGGUUACACACGGGAAGGUGUUGCUGAACACAGAGCUGUCAGGAUGAACUGCCCGUGA